AUGGUCAAAGGGAAAUUGUACGGCAACAAAGACAACUUCAGAACCCAAAAGGUCCUAAUUGCAGCCAAACUUGGGAAAUGCGAUCUGCAACUAGCCGGAGACCAUCCGCCCACUGACAAAUUCCCGCUAGGAGUGACUCCCGCAUUCGAUGGAGACGUAGCAUUGUUCGGUGCUGAGUCGAUUGCCAUUCACGUUGCGGGAUGUGACAGCAACUGCGCCAAGAACUGGGCUGAAAUUGUCCAAUGGCUCCAGUGGGCUGAGGGUAGCCUCCUACCUACAGUUCUCGGAUACGUUUUGCCCUCAGUUUCUGCUGCUAAUCUUGAUAAGAAGAUUGUUGACACCUACAAGGCAGAGCUUUUGGCUCAACUUCAACACCUUGAUGAGGCUCUUCUCACUAGGACUUUCUUGGUUGGAGAACGUCUCUCACUUGCAGAUAUUUCUGUUGCGCUGGAUCUUCUGCCUGCCUAUCAGCACGUUCUUGAUGCUGCGACCCGCAAAAAGAUCGGAAAUGUCACAAGGUGGUUCCAAACCGUCGUACAUCAGCCCGCUGUGAAAGAUGUUCUCGGCGAUGUUCACCUCUGUGAUAAAGUUUCACAAUUCAAUCAAUCCAAGUUCAAUGAGUUUUCCUCCAAGCACGCUCCAAAGCCGGAGAAGAAGAAAGAAGAGAAGAAAAAGGACCACCAUAAGCCUGCCCAGAAGCCCAAAGAACCAGAGGAUGAUGAAGCCGAAGAAGGCGCGGUUGCCGAGAAGUCGAAGGAUCCAUUUGCCGAUAUGCCCAAGGGUACUUUUGUGAUGGACAACUUCAAACGUGUGUAUUCAAAUGAAGAUACUGCCACGAAGGCCAUCCCGUAUUUCUGGGAUAACUUUGAUCCUGAGGCCAAUUCAAUCUGGUACUGUGAGUACAAAUACCCUACCGAGCUCACCCUUACUUUUAUGAGCUGUAACCUAAUCUCAGGAAUGUAUCAACGACUGGAGAAGCUCAAGAAGAAUGCCUUCGCUUCUAUGAUUUUGUUCGGUACUGACAACAACUCGUCUAUUAGCGGUGUCUGGGUUUGGAGAGGCCAUGAACUCGCCUUUACCCUUUGCCCAGAUUGGCAGGUUGACUACGAGUCGUACGAGUGGAAGAAGCUCGACCCCAAAGACGAGAAGACCAAGAAACUUGUAAAUGAAUAUCUUAUGUGGGAAGGUGACUUUGACGGAAAGAAGUUCAACCAAGGGAAGAUAUUCAAGUAA